AUGGAAGAACGUCGCUUGCGUUCGAGCGCCGGCAGUGGCAAGGUUUACACUUCAAAAGGCCUCCGAGCAAGGAGGCUCCGGCUGUCGGCUCCGACCGCCAUUCAAUUCUACGACAUUCAGGAUCGCCUUGGCUAUAACCGACCAACUGAAGCCAUCGACUGGCUUCUUCAGAAUGCCAAAUCCGCCAUUGAUGCCCUCUCUCGACCAUUAGAAACAGAGGACGGCAAGCGUAGCUUCCCUUCUAUGGCUUCUUCCGUUCCAUCGUCGUCUUCUUCUUCCCAAUUCCUGGCUUACCCACUUGAAAAUUUCUUCCGAAAUGGCAACCUCUCUGUUUUGAGUCCAAUGAUAAUGAAUGUCACGCCGGCGGAAUUCUCCGGCAUGCAGCCACCGUGUUUAAGUCAGAGCAAUGCAACAAGUGGGUUACCAUCCUUUCCGAUGUGGGAAUAGCAGCCGCCGGAUGAUUUUCAAAGGUUUUGUUGAAACAUCUGUUUCAGAUGGAUUCUCAGAAUUUCACGCGCCGCCGGAUCAUUGAAGUCAAGUCACAGAGGUAGCUUCUGACGGUGUUAUUGCAUCAGAACCAAUAGCCCUUUUGUUAAUUCUUUUUCUUUUUGGAUUUGCUUUCUCAUGUUUUGCAACCAACACUCAAUUUCUUAACAUAUUUUUUACUAACUGUUUUCGUUGAGGGAGAUAAAAAUUUCAGUUCAUUAAUCCAAAAUGU